UUGUCAUACCAUGAAUUUGUGUGGAUGUCCUUAAAAGCUUAGCUUUUACUGCUUGACUAACAUAAUUAGUCGCGGAAAAAUGAGGGUAUCGACUAUUUCUACACCAUGUAUAAACUACUCGCUUAUUAAUACAUUACGUCAAACUUAUUCGCACUUCAUCUGGCAUCAACGAAAUAAGGCUCAUGCAUCAGCAGAAUUUUUAAUGGAGAUUUCGCGACUUUUCUCUAAAAGGAAGGAUUCAUUACGGUGUAGAACAAUCAAAACAGAAGUCUGCUCUGAAUGACGUUCGUACUUGGGUUUGAGAUCUAAAACCCUAGUUAAUAGUGCUCAGCUUUCCACACCACACAUUCACUUCAUCAUUAGCAAAUCUCGCAACGGUGGCCGCACUGCUGAGAGUUGUUGAGUAAAUGUAAAUCUCACAUGUUUCCCAAAUAUUGUUGGCCGAAGCUUUGAAACUUUCUGCUGU